AUGUCUCCAUCAAAUUUGUCGGCCAUUCCCAAUCGACCUUAUCGUGUUAGUUCCCGUGCAGCGCUCACAUCUCCAAGUCUACCGCUUGGACCUAACGGGAACGCGUCUACCAACCGCGUCCCUCCUUUGCCUCAUGAUCAGUAUCCCCUGAGAACGAUGGCCUCUCAGAGGUCUAUAGAUGCUCCGCGACACGACUUUACUUCGCGCACUCAACAUCUUCCAGUUCAGGCAUCGCUUGCUCAGACCGAUCAUCCGACCGCGGGGCCCCAAUUGCCUCAAUUGUUAUCUACCAAACCUACUGCCAGCGGAGGUGUCUACAAGAAGCUCAAGAACGUCAAGUCAUUCUUCCGGCGACAAGCAGCCCAGAGCGAUGAUGAUUGUGACAGUUAUGAUACCGGAAGGGGCGCUGACCCAUCAACAAAUUCCGAACCCGGAUAUCGGUCGUCGAGCAGUCACCGUCCCAGGGUUGCGCGACCCUCACCUACCACGGACACUGCUUCUCUUGACAGUGUCAGAGCUGCUCCAUCGCUUGCCCCUAGCGAGUCUUUCGUUCGCCCAAGAGCAAGCUCUUCUAAAUCAAGGCCACUUGGAAUCAGAAAUGAUCUUAUCAAGCAAUUCCAUCACGAUCCUCAUUAUCUAGAAUUCGCAUCUAAUCCUCCCCCGCUGCCGCCCACUCCUCCUUCAUCCAGUACUUGCUCUUCGCAUGAGGACUUCACGCCCACCAGAAGUAAUCACGGUCCGAUCAUGGCACAGAAGUCAUUCGAUCUCGCCGUAGAUGCGUUACCUCCGGGUUCGAAACAAGUCACUCCGAAACCCAGUUUUAGCGCCCCUAGAGUGACAACCGUCUCGGAGGCUUAUGCGAGACGAGCUGCCCUCCAACACCUCAACGCAGAACAAUCCAAAAACGCCUCGGAUAACGCUCGUAGUGAAUGUGAUGCUCUGACCAAGGGGAGAAGGAGCCCAUCUUCAUAUUCGGUGGCGUCGUCCGCCAAUCAAUCCGAAAAAGAUGGGGAAACUUCCGUCUUCGGGGACGACACCAACGCAGACAUCGGAAGAUCGAUGUACGACAGAAGCAUUGACGAUCUCACCACUGAAUCAUUUGAAAUCAAUGUGGCGCAAGAGCUGAAGCCGACCACGGCUUGUAAGCUUGUCUUGAGCGAGCCGGGGCACUCGUUGCUUGCUGUCAGGACAGGCGCAAGCAGCGCGGGGAGUUCCGUGCGGAGUAGCCUCAGUGGAUUCACCAACUCUGGCAGCAAUCGCGAUGAGUACACGUCUCCUUGCUCAACAAACUCCAGCCUCCCAAGUCCGCAACUUCCUCUCGAUGAAGAAUACAUCAACAUCCAUCAAAUCAGACAGGUCCUGAAAGGAUUGCAAUCGUUGCUCGAAAAAAUCGACCCUCAGGCUCGAGAUGCUCGCGACCCUUUGAAUGGGACGCCUUCCGAUCACCGACCUCCUUCAAGCUCGACCUGUAAUCCUAAUUUCAGAAUCAAUCAUGUCGAAUUCCUUCGGAUGAUCAAAGCAGAACUUGAUCGUUAA